AUGUCUCAUCUAGACCGACUCGGAAUCCAGGGCAUUCGCUCCUUUGAUUCACGCGGCGCCAGAGAGACCAUAGUCUUCUAUUCGCCCCUGACUCUCGUUGUUGGCGUCAACGGCUCCGGCAAAACAACCAUCAUCGAGUCAUUAAAAUAUGCCUUUACAGGAAUCUUGCCACCAGGUGCCAAGGUCGGCGGAGCCUUCAUCCACGAUCCAAAGUUGAACGGCGAUAACGAUUCCAAUGCUCAAAUCAAAGUAGGCUUUACCGAUACAAAGGGAAUCCCUCUGGUCGCUACUCGAAACCUCCAACUCACCAUAAAGAAAACCGCACGAUCGAUGAAAACCCUCGAGUGUUCGCUCUCCAUCAAACGACAUGGCGAACGCUCUGCUAUCUCGGCGCGUGUGGCUGAGCUUGAUCAAAUCAUGCCUCAAUACCUGGGUGCCUCGACUGCUGUGCUGGAGAACGUUAUCUUCUGUCAUCAGGAGGAUAGCUUGUGGCCACUGAGCGACUCUGCUAGCCUCAAGCGAAAGUUCGAUGAGAUAUUCGAGGCCGAAAAAUACACCAAGGCUAUCAAGAACAUCGCCGACAUCCGCAAGUCGCAGAAGAUCGAGCUGGAUAAGAUGAAGAUUAUCGAGGCCCAAGCCAAGCAAGACAAAGAUCGAGCUUCCCAGGCUAAGAAGAAGUCACUUCAGCUCCAAGAUGAAAUUGAAAAGAUGCGAUCCGAGGUUGAGGAUCUAGGGGAACGCAUGAUCAAAGCUCAGGAACGUGCUCAUAAUGCGCAUCAAGAAUCGGAAGGCUUUGCUCGCAUCCUCGGUCAGCUAGAAGGCAAACGUAUCGAAGCUGCUAGCAGACGAGAGAACGUCGAGAGCCUUCGUUCCACUCUCAAGGAGAUGUCGGAAUCUGACGAAUGGAUUGAGUCUACGCUCGAGCAAUUUGAUGAGAAUCAGCAGGAGUUGGAGGGUCUCAUUGUCAGCAAGAAGGAGCAGUACAUGUCUUACGUUGAUGAAAUCGAAAAGCGCCGCAGUCUGCUGGAUGUCAAACUAGCCGAGCGGGGCAAGUUCCAGCAGGACAAGGAAGAGUACAACCGCCAACUAGCUCGCCGAAAGGCCACGAUUCGCGAUGUGGCGUCUAAGCAUAACAUUCGUGGCUACGAUGAUUUGUCAGACGACCAAGAUGUUGAGGACUUCCUGUACAAGAUUCGCAAGCAGCACAAGGAACGACAGUCUGCCCUUGACCGGGCAAAACGGGACCAUAACGCAGAAAAGGAGCAAGCUCGUAGUCAGAUCAACAAGUUGACGACUCAGCGAGAGGCUCUGCAGCACAACAAGAUCUCCGCGAACCGUCAGAUUGCGCUCAACAAUCGCGAAGCUGGCGAAUACCAAAAGAAAGCUGACAACGUUCGGGUUGAUGAGGGUACGAAGGCUACCAUCGAAACGCGCAUCGAUGAGCUGAAGGAGAAAAUCGACAAUGCUCAGAAGGUAGCCAGAACAUCCGCAUGGCCCGAGAAACUCAAGGAAUCCAACUCCUCUUUGAGUUCUCUGGAAGCCGAUGGCAGUCGUCUCAGCAAUGAGUUAGUGCGGGGCACGAAAAGAGCCGGCGAGACUGCGAGACUCGCCCUUGUCAAGCAGGAGAUGAAAGAACGCCAACGCAGCUUGCAGACGCUCGUCGAUGCGCACAGCGAACGUUUAAAAUCGAUUCUUGGGCACGACUUUCAGCCUAGCACGCUCGAGCGAUCCUUCCAGGAUGCCAUGGACAAUGUUAGUCGCGACUUGAACCUUGCUCAGCGGGAGAGAGAUGCAACGAAACAAGAGCUGGAACAAGUCGCGUUUAGGGCGAGAGCUGCUCGUACAGAUCUCGCGCAACAGAAUGCCUUAGUGAAAAGUUGCGAGCAAAAGAUCGCCGAAGCUACGGGUGAUGAAGCUGCUGAAUACGAGCAAACCCUGAUGAAUGCAGAAACUGCCGCCGAGGAUGCGCGAGGUAGUGGUGGAGGCGCCAAACAACUCCAGGAGUACUUUGAAAAGGUCCUGGCGUCUAUGGAUCAUCCCACCAAGCCCGCUUGUCGUACGUGUAACCGAACCUUCAAAGGGCCUGAUGACCCGAACCUCAAGAAAACCAAGGAACGCGUAGAAAGCUGGGUCAGACAAGCUAUCGAGCAAGAGAAAGGGUCACAUCUUGAGGAAGCCGAGGAGUUCCUCAAAGCUGUACAAGGUGUCCGUGCGGCUUAUGACAAUUGGAAGCAAGCUGGGGAUAUCACCAUACCGGCUUUGAAGAAGCAACUCGAAAAUCUGGAAUCUGAGAAGGAAACCGUCAACACGACUCUUGAGAAGCGAGAUGCGGUCUUCCAAGAGCGCGAAGAGGCAAAGAAGGCUCUGGAAAGCAUUGCAAAGACGGUGGCAUCCAUUGCAAAGUACGACUUUGAGGUCAAGGAUUUCAGCAAACAAGCUGACGAGCUGUCCGUCAAGCAGUCUCAACAAUCGGGAGGUCGCACCCUUGAUGAUAUCGAGGAAGAGAUCUCAUCUGUUGGCGAGCAGAUCCGAAAGACUAAAAUUGAGAUUACUCGGCUUACCGGUGAACAAGAGCAGUCGCGGUCGAACUUGACGGAGAUGAGUAACGACUUACACCACCUACAGAGUGAGCUGAAGUCCACGGGCUUCGAACUCGAGAAGAAGGCUUCCUUGCUUGCUCGCGUUGAUGAAUACAAGUCACAAAAUCAGAAGCAGCGAGAAACGGUCGAGAAAGCUGACAGCGAUAUCCAGGGGCUCGACCCUGAGAUUGAAACGGCCAAAACGAAACUAGACGACAUCUCGGAGCGAGCUGAUGCCAAUGAGCGAGAGCUUAGUCGAGAAGCAUCCGAGUUGACGUCAAGUGUGCAAUCUCUUGACCUGCUCAACGAUCAGAUCUCGGCAUACCUCAAGCGUGGAGGUGACAACCAGCUCGCCAAUGUUGAUCGCGAGAUCCAGAUGUUCGAGGGCGAGAUCAAGAGCCUGACGACGGCGCAGGGCAAAUUGUCGGCUGAAGUGAACAAGCUCAACGAUCAGAAGAAAGAUGGUGAAAGCACUCGGCGACAAUAUGCCGACAACCUCCGGUAUCGACAUGACAACCGAGCGCUGGAACAGCUGAGGAAAGAGAUUGAGGAGCUUGAGUCGCACAAUGCCGACAUCGAUCGAGCACGACUUAUGGCGGAAGCAGAGAAAUUCACACGCGAGCACAAUGUGUUGAGUGCCAAACAAUCCAACUUGAUGGGAUCCAUGCAUGCUCAGGAUCAACAACUGGGCGAUAUCCUUCAGCAAUUCAAGGUUGACUUCAAAGAUGCGCCCCGACGGUACACGGAUGCACAUAUCAAGGUGGAGACGACCAAAGCUGCAGUGGAGGACCUUGCCCGCUAUGGCGGUGCACUAGACAAGGCCAUCAUGAAGUUCCACAGCUUGAAGAUGAGUGAAAUCAACAACAUAAUCAGUGACCUCUGGCAAGCGGUGUACCAGGGGACGGACAUCGACACGAUUGAGAUUCGAGCGGACGGGGAUGCAUCAACGGGAAAGAAGUCGCACAAUUACCGAGUGAUGAUGGUCAAGAAUGGGACCGAGAUGGACAUGCGUGGACGAUGCAGUGCUGGGCAGAAAGUACUAGCCAGCAUCAUCAUUCGACUUGCACUAGCCGAGUGUUUCAGCACCAACUGCGGUGUCUUCGCGUUGGACGAGCCGACGACCAACCUCGACCAGCCUAACAUCGAGGCUCUUGCCAAAGCGUUGCACGGUAUCAUCAAGGCACGAGAGGGACAGUCGAAUUUCCAACUGAUCGUCAUCACCCACGACGAGGAGUUCUUGAGACACAUGCAGUGUGGAGAUUUCGCGGAUUAUUAUUACCGCGUGUCUCGCAAUGACGAGCAGAAAUCUAUUAUUGAGCGACAAAGCAUUGCUGCAGUCAUGUAA